GGUCAUAUCGCUAAAUAAUAAUAGCAAUAACCUUGCAAAACUCCACGUUUUUAUUUCUAGUUUAAAGGAAAAUAAAUAUACAUAUAAUAACAUGAAUAUGCCAGAAAUAGUACCAUAUGAAGAGCAGGCUAUCGACACCAUAGUGUCAGUGAUAAACAGAGCAAAGGAGUUGUUAGGGGAGAGGCAAACACUGAGAGGACUUGCGAACACCCGCAAACUCCUCACUGCUGGAACAAAGGUUCCGCUGACCAGUCUUCACAUUCCUCUCGCGAUCACCACCGAGGCUCUGAUCAAAGACGCCAUUGAGAAUAAGUGGAAGCUCACUGACACCCUCAUGUACACCCUGAACUACUCUGGCAGGACACAAGAUGAAUGCUCCCAGUAUUUCUUCUUCGAGGCCAUCUUCAGCCAGCCCACGGUGGCAUACCCAAUCCCGCAAGCUACUGUCUCUGUGUUCUUCAGAGUCGGAGACAAGUAUUUAUAUCACGUGGAAGACAGAGGAGUACCCUCGUUGGUCUUCAGGAUCGAGGGUCAUCACACGGACCACGACAUUCGCCACAUCAAACUGACCCCAGACUGGAUUCUCGGCGCGCUACAGGCGAAGAUUAAGUUCUUCCAAAGAAUAGAGGAAAUCGGUCUGUUUUGAUUCUUAACACGUUUUUAAAAGUAUGUUUUUAUGAAUUAUGAAUUAGAUUAAAUUUUAGAUUUCAUUACAGGCAUAGAAUACUGUGUUUAUUUUGCAAUUUAUGUGAAUAGUUAUUCAAAUUGUAACUAACAUGGUUUUUAUAAUGUUGCACUGUUCGUAUGUAAUUAAUAAUUAUGUAAGUUGUCUGCUUCAAAAGUAAAAGUAAA